CGAGCGACAUUUGGUUGUUGGGAACUGGGGAUACUUCGAGCAAUAAUUGAUAAGUCGAGACUCGAGACACGUCUUCACCCCCCACACCCCCCUCUCGUCGUCUUCUCCCCGUCCUACGAGCGGCAAUUUCACACAGUCGAGCCUACGUAGACCGACCGUUCAUUUCCCGUUACCCGUGCGGCCGUCGCAAGCCCCAACAGCGACCUUGCCGCUUCGAGAGACCCUGCGACAGACUACGGAAGGGAAAGGGAUAACGAGCACCGCCAGUGUGUCGUUCGGUUACGUUGGUGUCAUUGUGUCAGGUCACGCGACGGGGAUAAGGCCGAGGGGGAGGUGACAGGUGACAGGUGGAAGGUGGAAGGAGAAGCUUGAGGUGCAGGUGACACGUGGCAGGUGACGGUGGCGCGGCGAUGGAUGCGGAUGAGAUCAGCGGGAAUGGUGGUGCGCCGUGGAGCACGGGCCUCUUUGACUGCUCGCGCGACUUGAGAAGCUGCUACCUGGGUUGCUUCUGCCCUUGCGUGCUAUUCGGCCAGAACGUGGAGCGGCUGCACGGGCGGCCGUGUUUCGGCCCGUGUGUGAUGCACUGCCUGUUGGGCGGCUGCAUUGUGUGGGCGGCGUACACCACGCUCGGCCCCGCGGCCUUCUGGUGCACGCCCAUCUCCUGCUACGCCUGCAACUACCGCUCUGAGCUCCGAUCGAAAUUCCACCUCAAGGCUGAGCCUGGUGGUGACUGCCCCACUCAUUUCCUCUGCCACCCGUGUGCCCUGUGCCAAGAGCACAGGGAACUGCACUCGCGCCCCAAGCUCUCUGGCCUGGACUUCUAUGGCGGCGGCACAGGGGAAAAUGUGGAGCUCACUGCACCCUCUCCAGUGGGGAAAAUGGAGUCCGCCUUUUCCGUCUGAUAUGAAAAACACCUAAUGUAACAAAUCGUAAUUGGUCUACACAGUCUCGAGAACAGUUGUGCCUGAAUGCAUACUCUUUGGAAGCAACAUAUAGCAAUCUCCUGCAUAACUGGAUCCUUUUUGGUAGUUUUGUAUCGUGACUCGGCAGCAGCCUUGCAUAGCUGACAUAUCAAGAUUGAA